AUGGUCCAGAAUUCUUUGGAUUGUUUAAAAUGUGGUUACAUUGAUCUUCAAUUAAUUCAUUAUCCGAAAGAUUGGGGAACUUCUGACAAAAAUCCAGAAAAUUCAGAUCAUCGGAUGAGAAUUUAUCGAGUUUUUGAAGAAUAUAAAGACACUGGUUAUAUCCGCUCUAUUGGUGUUUCAAACUUUGAAGGACGUCAUAUCGAUGAACUUUGGGAUAAUGUUAAAUACCGACCUGUCCUAAAUCAAUGUGAAUUCCAUCCACAUUUAACUAGGCCUGAACUUGUUGAAUAUUGUAAAAAUAAAGGAAUUUUCUUUCAAGCUCACACUCCAUUUGCUUCUCGAUCAAAAUCACUCUUUACAGAUCCUGUUAUUGUUAAUAUUGCAAAAAGACUCGACGCUGAUAUUUCGGUUUUUCUAAAAAAAUAUUUUUUUGAAAUUGGGGUAGAAUAUUUUAAAUUAACCAAAGAAAAAGAAUUUUGGGCAAUCCAUGAGGGCACUACUUAA